AUGUCCGACUCCGAUCUCGACAUGAAUGCUCUCCAGUCCCUCCGCUCUCAAUUCGCGCAGGCACUGACAGACUUUGCCUCAUCGCCCAGCAGCACAUUCAAGGUACUACGGUCCGUUCAGUCGACCUCACCACCAAGCUCCUCACCUAUUCGGACGCUGUACGUGCUGGACUCGUCCUUCAACCCACCGUCCAAAGCACAUCUGGCCCUCGUCAAGAACGCACUGAGGACAACCACCUUCCUCUCGUCGUCAAGCCGGUCAGAAACGGCUUCGAGACCGCCGCCGCCGCCGCAGCCGUCUCCUCCUUCUCAAGCCAACCCCGCCGAGUCUCGAGUUCUGUUUCUUUUGGCGACCGUCAACGCCGACAAGACCCCUGAGCCCGCCGCCUUUCCAGACCGGCUGGUCAUGAUGACGCUCAUGGCCGAGGAACUGCGCUCUGCGCUCUCGGACCCGCCGGUCGUCGACAUCGGAAUCACCAAGAAGCCGUACUUUGUCGACAAGGCCGCUUCGAUCGACGACUCGGGCGCGUACGCGACGGCUUCACCGCGAGACCCAGGGGACCAUUUUGAACAGAUCCACCUGACAGGCUUCGACACACUCAUCCGCAUCUUCACGGCAAAGUACUACCCGGACCACACGCCGCCGCUGUCUGCGUUGGCACCGUUCCUCACGCGGCACCGGGUCCGCGCCACGGUCCGCGUGGACAAAGACAGCCCCUCGAAGAAUGUAAAGGACACGACGGGCGCCGACGAGGACUUGUCGAGCAUCGACGGCCAGCUGGCGUACCUGAAGCGCAUAGCGGACGGAGACAUGGAGUCCGACGGGUUGAAGAGGGAAUGGGCGAGCAGGGUGGACCUCGUGGUCGACGAGACGGGCGAGACUCAGGGUGUAAGUUCGACGAGGAUUCGUAAUGCCGCGAAGGAAGGCCGCUGGUCCGAUGUCAACGCGUUGGUCGGCCGAGGCGUUGGAGAUUGGAUCCGGGAGGACGGGCUUUAUACGACGACGACCAACAAAUGA